AUGCAAGAAGGCAUACACUUUGCGUCAGCAGGAGAUGAUGUUAAAAUAUGGGAUUCCUCUUCUCUAACUGUGCUGGAGCAGUUCAAACCACACACCUCCUCGCGUCUAGUCAGCUCACUAUGCUGGGCCAGCAAUAAUAGAUUCCUGGUCACUGCCUCUACUUCUGGUGAUAAAAUAGUUGUUUCAAGCUGUAAAAGCAAACCUGUUCCUGUUUUUGAACUAGCUGAAGGAGCAAAACAAACAUCUGUGGAUUCGAAUUCUAGUUUUUCAUAUGUCGUGAGUGGAGGCCUUGAUAGCACGGUUAAUAUCUGGGAUUUGAAAUCCAGGAAGGUUUACCGUAGCCUUAAGGAUCAUAAAGGUGAAGUCACGUGUAUUGCAUGUAAUUUCAACGAUAGCUACAUCGCUUCUGGAUCUUUGAGUGGUGAAAUUAUCCUACACAGUGUUACUACCAAUUUAUCAAGUACUCCUUUUGGUUAUGGCAGCCAACAGUCUAUUCGACACUUGAAAUAUUCAUCCUUUAAGAAAUCCUUGCUGGGCAGUGUUUCUGACAGUGGAAACGUGACUCUGUGGGAUGUACAUAGCCAGAAACCAUAUCAUAAUUUUGACAAUACUCAUAAAGCACCAGCUUCAGAAAUUUGCUUUUCUCCAGUCAAUAAGCUGCUGCUUGUAACUGUAGGCUUGGACAAAAGAAUUAUUCUCUAUGACACCCUAAGUAAAAAGUUACUGACAACAAUAGCAACUGAUCUUCCUCUGACAACAGUAGACUUCAUGCCUGAUGGUACUACUUUGGCUAUAGGAUGUUCCCGGGGAAAAAUCUACCAGUAUGAUUUAAGACAACUGACAUCACCAGUGAAAACAGUUAUUGCUCACAAAGGCUAUGUGAAAUGCAUACGUGUUCAGUUCAGUAGUACUUCCUCCAAGUCCAAUCUCACAGGUUCUUCAAAUAAACCUGUAUCCAAAAGAGGAGAAGUCAAAGGCAAUAGUAAUCUUGGAGGAAUUCAAAAUACUGGCAUCAAAAAUAUUGCCUCUCAAGCAUCAGCAACAGUUUCCUCUCUUCUUACUUUGCCAAAUGAGAAUAAAGGAGGAGAGAUUCUUCAGGAGAAAACAGGUUUUCCGCAUAGUUGCAGCUUGGAUGUCAUUCUGUCUAAAGAAAUAGACCAUGGGAAAAGUGCUGAGUUAAAUAGUCUUGAAGAUAUGAGUCGAAGUAGUUUAGGAGAUGUAUUUUCUCCAGUCAGAGAUGAUCUUAUUGCAAAUAAAAUGGCUGAAGAUCCUCAGGGAAAAGGAAAUGGUCUGGAUUUGCCAUCCUGCCUGGUGGGUUUGGAUUUUCUCCCAAAGCUCAGCACCACCUUUCCAGUAAAAAGAACCCCAGUGGGCAGUAGUGCACAAGGGAUACGUUCUAGCCCGUUACAUGCACUUGGGGGAUCUCCAGUUAAAGACGAGGAAGAACGUGCAGAGACUGACACUAAGAAAUUAAGUCCUGGAAAACAAGAAUCUAAAGAAGUCCUAAAGCAGCUUUCAAAAUCAAGCUUGCCAAGUACAGAAUCUCUAAUGUUAACUUCUCCGCAAUCAUCCACCCUUGAUGCAAGUGAGAGACUAACGAAGAAUAUUCAGGCCCAUCCUACAUGUGAUCUACCAGUAAAUGGUACUACCUCAGCAAGUCCAACGUUAACAUCAUCUGUCACUGCUGGAGUUGCAAGUUCAUUGUCAGAAAAAAUAGUAGAAACCAUUGGGAGUGGCAGACCGAAUGCACCUCUGACAUCAAUUCAAAUAAAGUUCAUUCAGAAUAUGAUACAAGAAACAAUGGAUGACUUCAGAGAAGCAUGCCAUCGAGAUAUUGUGAACUUGCAAGUGGAGAUGAUCAAGCAAUUCCAUAUGCAGUUGAAUGAAAUGCACGCUUUACUUGAAGUAUACUCUGUAAAUGAAAGCUUAGUAGCUGAAAUUGAGAGACUACGAGAGGAAAACAAAAGACUGAGGACACAUCUGAAAGAUUUACAUUGCUAA